AUGGUGUUACAGACAUUGAAGAUGGGAUUUAUUUCCAUUGCAACUUUCAUGUGCAUCCUGGGCACUGUCCACCAAACCCGCUCUGCCACCAUCAGAAACCUUACCCACAAAAAUAUGGACUUUGCCAUGAACUUUUACAGAAAAAUAUCCAGUAAUCAUGAUGAGAACAUCUUUUUCUCACCGAUGAGCAUCUCCACCACUUUUGCUGCCCUUUCUAUGGGUUCUAGUGGUGUCACACAACAGGAAAUACUGAAGGGGCUCAGUCUGGACAAGCUGGAGCAGGCCGCCGACCCAGAACUCAUUCCCAAACUUUUCCAACAGCUUCAUGGCAACAUCACACACAAUGGAUCACUGAAUCUGGACCAGAGCACAUCAUUCUUUGUUUGCCAACAGUUUGAGGUACAGAAGACGUUUGAAGACCAAAUCAAGAUGUUUUUUGAUGCGGACAUCAAGCCUGUGGACUUUACAGACACAACAGAGACGAUCAGCAUCAUUAAUGAGUACAUCCAGAACAAGACGAGGGACAAAGUGACAGAUAUGAUAAGCACCUUGGAUGCACUGACCCAGCUCAUGCUGAUCAACACAGUUUUCUUCCAGGAAGAAUGGCAGGCACCUUUUGACCCCAGUCACACACAAAAUGAAGCCUUCUACAUUGACAAUUAUAAUGUUGUCCAUGUGCCGAUGAUGUUUCAAGAAGGUAAGUUCUACACAGCGGAUAUUCCUCUUGGUGCCAAAGUGCUGAAACUGCCAUACCAGGAAGGUGUCGCCAUGCUGAUCCUGCUACCCAACAAAGGCACUGACUACACCCUAAUCGAUUCUGAGAUCAAUGCUUCAAGAUUCCUCUCCUGGAUCAAACAUCUUAAAAAAGUGAAAGUGGAGGUCCACAUGCCCAAAUUUAAGCUGGAGCAGUCCUAUUCCCUGCACGAUCUCUUACCAGAUUUAGGUGUUGUCAGUGUCUUCAGUAAUUCAGCCAAUUUGACCCGAAUGAGUAUGAACAAAGCCCUCAAAGUGUCUGAGGUGCUGCACAAGGCAGUGAUUGAUGUGGAUGAGAGCGGGACCACUGCAGCAGCUGGCACAACAACUGGCAUUGUGGCCUACUCUUUACCACGGACCUUCUACAUCAACAGACCGUUCUUCUUCUUCAUCUAUCAUGAAAACACCAACUCUUUGCUGUUCAUGGGAAGGGUGACAGACCCCACCAAAAACUAGCAGUGAUGCCUACACUGCUCUAGUUCAUGCUUACACACAGUAUUUGCUCAAAUGACAAACAUGCUGGAUAUUUGUACCUGUGUACAAAUAUCCAAAUAUUGGACAAAUAUUGUAAAUGUGUCUGGAAUACAAAUGAAUUAAAACACCUG